AUGCGCUUCUCCUUCCUCCUCCCACUAUUCGCCACGGCCGCAUUGGCAGCAGACCAAGGCAAAGGCUGCGAUACCCAGGAUGCCAUAGACUGUUCAGGCGACAACGUUGUAAAGUGCUAUGUUUUCCCAGGCGGCAGUGGGAUGACCUGGAACUUUGAGACAUCAUGCCCCGAUAAAGGACAAGUCUGCAACACCGGAAACUGCGAAACGGUCGCGAUGCAAGCCGAUCAGGGCAAGGACUGCGUGUACAAGGACGCGCAGGGACAAAAUGACAUGGAACUUUUUUGA